CCCCGGCCACGCCCCAAAGGACCCCCGCCCCUCCUCCUUCCUCCCGCCCGACGGGCGUCUCCCGCCGCCGGACGGAGCCAAGCCGCCUGCUUGCCCCCUUCUUCUGCUUUAGGCGGGGCGACGGGGCCGAGAUGGGCGGAGACCCCAAGUGACCCGCGUAGGCGAGGAGGACGGACCAUGGCCACCUUCCUUGCAGCCCAGAAGGCCCACUCCCUGCUCCGGCGGCGCUUGCCCCGGGCCAAUGCCUUCCUGGAGGAGUUUCGGCAGGGAACCCUGGAGCGCGAGUGCCUGGAGGAGAUCUGCAGCUUUGAGGAGGUCAAGGAGGUCUUCGAGAACAAGGAGAAGACGAUGGAGUUCUGGCGUGGCUACGCUUUCUCAGUCAAGGACCCAGGCAGCACCGAGGGCUCCGGCCGUUCGGACGCCAUGUAUGUAGCAGUGCCCCUGCUUGGGGUGGCCCUCCUCAUCGUCAUCGGCCUCUUCAUCAUCUGGCGCUGCCAGCUGCAGAAGGCCACACGCCACCGGCCCUCCUACGCCCAGAGUCGCUACUUGGCCAGCCGCGGGGGGAGGGGGCUUCCCCGGGUGAUGGUCUACCGUGAGGCCUCCCAGCACGGCCACGGUGAGGCCCAUGGGGCCCGGGAGCACAGGGACGCUGGUACCACUACAGCCUCGGUCAGCAGCAGCAGCAACACUGGCGGCCGAGGGGGGCCUGGUGAAGGCCGGUGGGGGCAGAGGGCCCCUGGCCCCUCGGACAGUUCCCUACGGCCCCCCUCUGUUCCUGUCCCACCCCGGCUUUCCAGCGCCACCCCUCCCCCCUCCUACGAAGAGGUGACCGGACAGCCAGUAGUCAGCAGCGGAGGCAGCGGAAGCAGCAGCGCCUGUGAGGAGCCCAGCCUCUCCUACAGUGACCCACCACCCAAAUAUGAGGAGAUUGUGGCUGCUGUCAUUGCCGCAAAGUAGCUGUUGGAUGCUGCCCACUCCCUGUCUGAGCCUUCAGGACACACCAGCCGGCGCCGCCACAGAGCAGCCUUAUUGCCCCCUUCACCAGCGUCCCACUGGUGCCCGACCCCCUUUGCUUGUGGGACAGGACUGAGACACCCAAUGCCUCAAGCAGAGGACCCUGAGCUGCGAGGCAGUGGCCUUUCAGGAGGCGGCAGUCUCUCUUUCUCUCUGUGGGGCCCGAGACGAGGGUGCCCCCAGGACCAGGCUCUUCAGCUAUUGGACUUGUUUGUGGAUGAGGCUCCUCCUCACGAGGGCCAAGGGACAGUGUGGGAGGACUGUCCUGGUCUCCACUUUGCAUUUGGGAGGCACAAGGAGGGUUUCCUGGUCCCUCCAAGUGUGAGUCUGUCCUGGGAAGGCUAAGGACUGCUCCUCCACCUCCUCAUCCUCCACUUUGCACUCCCUUUGGGCCUGCUGCUCAUAUCCUUACCCCUGUGCUGCUUUGCCCUUCCUAGUGAUGCCCUUCUGCCUCCCCCUCAGCACCACUCAACCUCCCCAUCCAAAAAGGUCUGUCCUUUCCUCUGUUUGCCAUGAUCUGUAUGACAAGGCUCCCCCACUCAGAAAAACGCUGAUGCUUACAGACACAUCCCUGGCCUCGCCUGCCCAUUGCAAAGGCUGCUCUGGGCACCUCCUCCACCAAGCCCCCUCCUCCCCAAGAGCCUGCAAGGCAAUGGAGCUGGACUAGAGGAGGGCUUGGCCCAGGGCUCCCUGCCUCCCCACCGUCCACACACACACACAUAAACACACACAGAUGUACGCAGAUGCUCUCGCACAGAGACACCUCCUUCUCAAUGGUGCUAAGCCAGAUAAUAUCUGUGGUCUCUUCAUGUGUGCUGCUUUGUUGUAUUUAUACAUUUUGUUUAAACCAAGAGAAAUUGU